AUGCACAGCGUAAAAGAGUCACCUAUCGUGCAGCGUGUGAGCACGGCCGACAACGAAGUUGCAGUGACAGACGAGAACAUUGCUGUGUGCGUCCGCAUGCGGCCCAUGAACGAGCGCGAGAAGCUUUAG